AGGGGGCGUGGCUCGAACUCCUGGCCGGAAGCUGGAGGCUGCAGGGGCAGACCGGCUGGCAUCCCUUUUCCGGCUGGUCCCCAUGGAGGCGCUGGGGAAGCUCAAGCAGUUCGAUGCCUACCCUAAGACCCUGGAGGACUUCCGGGUCAAGACCUGUGGGGGCGCCACGGUGACCAUUGUCAGCGGGCUUCUCAUGCUGCUGCUGUUCCUGUCCGAGCUGCAGUAUUACCUGACCACGGAGGUGCACCCUGAACUCUACGUGGACAAGUCACGGGGAGAUAAACUGAAGAUCAACAUCGAUGUGUUUUUCCCGCACAUGCCUUGUGCCUAUCUGAGCAUUGAUGCCAUGGAUGUAGCUGGCGAACAGCAGCUGGAUGUGGAACACAACCUGUUCAAGCAACGGCUGGACAAGGAUGGCAUCCCUGUGAGCUCAGAGGCUGAGCGUCAUGAACUUGGGAAAGUUGAGAUGAAGGUGUUUGACCCUGACUCCCUGGACCCUCACCGCUGUGAGAGCUGCUAUGGUGCUGAGACCGAAGACAUCAAGUGCUGUAACACCUGCGAGGACGUGCGGGAAGCGUACCGCCGUAGAGGCUGGGCCUUUAAGAACCCGGACACUAUCGAGCAGUGCCGGCGAGAGGGCUUCAGCCAGAAGAUGCAGGAGCAGAAGAACGAAGGCUGCCAGGUGUAUGGCUUCCUGGAAGUCAACAAGGUGGCUGGGAACUUCCACUUUGCUCCGGGGAAGAGCUUCCAGCAGUCCCAUGUGCACGUCCAUGCUGUGGAGAUCCACGACUUGCAGAGCUUCGGCCUUGACAACAUCAACAUGACCCACUACAUCCGGCACCUGUCAUUUGGGGAGGACUACCCAGGCAUUGUGAACCCCCUGGACCGCACCAACGUCACUGCACUUCAAGCCUCCAUGAUGUUCCAGUACUUUGUGAAGGUGGUGCCCACGGUGUACAUGAAGCUCGAUGGGCAGGUGCUGAGGACAAACCAGUUCUCUGUGACCAGACAUGAGAAGGUCGCCAAUGGGCUGCUGGGCGACCAGGGGCUUCCCGGCGUCUUCGUGCUCUACGAGCUCUCGCCCAUGAUGGUGAAGCUGACUGAGAAGCACAGGUCUUUCACGCACUUCCUCACAGGCGUGUGUGCCAUCAUCGGGGGCAUGUUCACAGUGGCUGGACUCAUCGAUUCACUCAUCUACCACUCGGCACGAGCCAUCCAGAAGAAAAUUGAUCUAGGGAAGACAACAUAGUUGUCUUUCCCCUUUCCCCUUGCUGUUCCCUCUUUCUCCUGUUCUCCGGUUUUGUGGUCAUUUUCCCAGCCGCACCCCUUCGCCCCACUUCCUCCUCCCCUCCCGGAGUCUUUGCAGCCCCAGGUUGAUAAAUCUAUUGGUUGUGAUAGUA